AAUGGCGGCAAUUCCAAGACUUCUCAACAAGUUAAAUGUAGGCACUUUGGCGGUUUGCUUAACUCGUGCACGAGUUUCAACAAGACUUUUGUCAAACGAUCAACACAGACCGACAGAAACAAACGCAUCGGGUGAGGAAGACACGCUUUCUGCUAUUUCAACAGCAAAUAAUUCUCUCGAGAGGUUAUCAGACGCUUUCUCUGGCGCAGCAACAACACCUUUUAGUCAAGAAAUAGUUCAAGUUCUGAUGUCUCCCAUUAAUGAAACUGAUGUUGAGAUCAAACCAGAUGGACUGAUUUAUCUUCCUGAAAUAAAGUACAGAAGAAUACUUAAUCAAGCAUUUGGUCCAGGUGGGUGGGCAUUGGUGCCACGAGGCGAGUCUCUUCAGUUUCAGAAUGACAAAGACAACAGCCAGCUUAUUGUGCGAGAGUAUGCAUUGUUUUGUUUGGGAAGAUUUGUUGCACAGACGGUUGGAGAACACACUUUUUAUUCCUCUAAUAACAUGGUGUAUGGAAAAGCUAUGGAGGCUGCCAAGUCUAAUGCAUUGAUGAGGUGUUGUAAAGAUCUUGGAGUUGCUAGUGAGCUCUGGGACCCACAGUUCAUCAUUGAUUGGAAGGACAAAUAUGCGCUGAACACAUGGUGUGAAAAUGUGCGAACCAGAGAUAAAAAGAGGUUGUGGAGGAGAAAAGACAGAAAGUCUACACAUGCUUUUCAAUAUCCAUGGAAGGAAGUUGUUGAGCAGGAGAAAUGAUUUCAGUAAAGAUUUUGGGGCAUUUGAAGGAUGAAAGGAAUGAAGGAAAUUAGAGGAAGAAUGGACAGGGCAAAAAGGGAUUCUAAAAGGAAGAAUUUAGUGGAAAGAUGACAACUAAUAAAAAUAGAACCUUAAAUCAACCCAAAAAGGGGGAUUGAAGGGAAAGGAGGGGG